UCUAACAACCGACGCCAAAACAAACCAAACAAUACGAGUUUUCUUUGCACUUUCGAAAGUUAUUUUACUAUUUAGCCAUGUACAACGGAGAUUGCAUUGCCAUCAAGGACAUUAAGCCAGGCCUGAAGAAUAUCAACGUAAUCUUUAUUGUACUGGAAGUGGGCGUGGCUACCGUGACGAAGGAAAACCGGGAAGUGCGGAACUUUAAGGUUGGUGACCCCACGGCCUGCAUAAAUGUAUCAAUUUGGGACGAGCCGGGAAAACUGAUAGCACCCGGGGAUAUCGUGAGACUUACCAAGGGCUACGCCUCCAUUUGGCGGCAUUGUUUGACCCUUUACUCUGGAAAGAACGGCGAGGUGUUUAAGAUCGGCGAAUUCUGCAUGGUCUUCAAUGAGGCUUUGAACAUGAGCGAACCGAAGCGUGCGGAACAGCAGGGGGUGGCCAUUCCUGGUGGAUUGGUAGCCGUUCCUCCGGCAGGACUUCCCUCUGGCAGUGGUGGUGCCGCUAUUCUUCCGGCGAAAGGCGGUGGAACAGCUGGCAUUUCACAGCCCGUCGUAGCUGCCGCAGCCGGAAAUUCCGCUGCCCAGAACCCUGUGACCACAACUCCCGCUCCUGCAGCGAGCAGUGCUCCCCAAACGGCAACGAAACAAGGAACCCGAGGGGGUCGAGGCGGCGGAGGACGAGGUGGCCUCAAAGGGGACAGGCGGUAGUAGCAAAGUAACACACAGAUGGGCUCAGGAUCAAGAACUAAGCGAACAACAACUAUAACUUUGACAUUAAUGUAUAGCUUAAGCAGACCCAUUUCCACAGCGCUAAUAAUCAGCGUUUGGCUGAUUCCAUAUCGGUAUGUUAUACUACGUGUUAUCUAUACAAUUUUGACUUUGCAAUUAACGAACUAAAGUGGAAAAAAUAGGUUUAAGAUCAUUUCACACGAAGUGUGUAUGUUUAACAUUCACUUGUGUUUAUAUUAAAGCUAUGUAUAUUUUGAUAAAA